AUGCCCUCAGGGACACUCUCGGGACGGCAACCGUCCAAAAGGACGAAAGGUACCGCUUCCUUUGAAGCUGCUGGCUGGAUCAUGGCCUCGGCACUGUACCAACCUUUUCGGGCAAUUGGCUACGUCUGUGCCGACGUCCCGCUGAACGUACAGGCCCGUGGGAACGUCCAUGCUUUGACGGCGUCUGUCGGGAACUCGUUCCAUAUCUAUGAUGGAGAGAAAUUGAAGCUCCUGUUCACAGGUCCGCAAAAUGCCGGACCGGUCACUGCCGUCGCUGCGUUCAAGGACAGGAUCUUCUCGGCGUGCUCCAACGUGAUAUCUGUGGCGGAGCGUGGAAAGGAGAUUGCGCGAUGGGAGGCCAACGCGGCGUGCAAGAUCUUCUCACUGCUGGUCUUUGGGAAUCUGAUACUGGCACUAUGUGAUGACAACGUGCUGCGAAUCUGGGAUCAUUCUACUGGAGAGUACUACAACGAGUUGUCGUUUCCGGAUUCCUUCCGUGUCUCGGCCGUGCUGCAUCCCAGCACAUACCUCAACAAAGUACUGCUGGCGAGUCAGCAGGGAACGAUGCAGCUAUGGAACAUCCGCACUUUAACAAUGCUCUACGAGUUUGCAUCACUGGAGUCGCCGAUCGUAUACUUCACACAAGCACCAGCGGUUGAUGUCGUGGCGAUCGGAUUGCUGGACGGAUCAACAGUAUUGCACAACAUCCGCGCGGACGUGGAGAUUAUGAGGCUGAAGCAAGAUGGGAAGGUUACCGCUAUCUCCUUCCGCACAGACGAGAAGCAACACAUGGUCACUGCGAGCAUCUCGGGGGAUUUGACGGUAUGGGAUCUCAGCAAACAGCAAGUGCUGAACGUGACGAGCGGCGCACAUGCUGGGGCCAUACAUACUGCCCACUACUACGCCGGACAACCGAUCCUGAUCACCGCCGGCGCCGAUAACGCCAUUCGCCAAUGGAUCUUUGACUCAGCAGAAGGCCACCCCCGCCUCCUCCGCCACCGCGGCGGACACCAGACCCCACCAACGCGGAUCCACUACCACCCUCUCGAACAGCACCAGAUCAUCACAGCGGGAGCCGACCAGGCCAUCCGUGUCUUCAACAUUGCGCGUGACGCAAACUGCAUGGAGAUCCCGUUGUUUGAUAAGAAGCUGAAGGGGUGGGCGGCUGAGGAUGCGAGGAUACCGCCUGUGGCGCAAUUUGCCAUUUCGGAGGAGACGUUGCAUAAGUCUGUCAAUAUCAUUACGGCCCAUGUGAAGGAUCUGAAUGCGAGGAUUUGCUCGUACGGCGGGAAACCGUUGGACAAACGGGUGUUUACUUGCACUGACGGAUCUCUUGUGAAGUCUGUUGCGAUUAGCGCCUGCGGAAAUUUCGGGUUCGUUGGGUCGGCGCUGGGCGGUGUGGACCGGUACAAUUUGCAGUCGGGGCUGCUCCGAAAGACGUAUGGACAGUCUGGGGGAGGGCACACGAAGGCUGUGAUUGGGAUUGUGACGGAUAGGGUGAAUCGGCUAGUGAUCACAGCGGGUCUUGAUGGGCUGGUCAAGUUCUGGUCCUUCCAAUCCGCCUCCCUCCUGCACACCAUCGCCCUCCCUUUCCCAAUAACCUCGAUCGACCUGCACCGCGAAUCCAACCUCCUCUGCGUCACCACCGACGACUUCAUCCUCCGCAUCAUCGACGUCAGCACACACCGCACCGUCCGCGAGUUUGCAGGCCACCGGUCCGCCAUCACCGACACGGCAUUCUCCCCGGACGGCCGCCACCUCAUCUCGACAUCCACGGACUCGACCAUCCGCACGUGGGACCUGCCCACCGGCCACUGUGUGGAUAUCUCCCGCGUGGGCAGCGUGCCGCGCUGCGUAGCGGUGUCGGCGAACGGGGAUUAUAUCGCGACGGCGCAUGCCGACCAGGUCGGGAUCUUCUUGUGGGCGAAUAAAGUGAAUUUUGGAGGGAUUGUGCCGCAGAGGGUUGAGGAGGGGGAUGAGGUUGUGUUGGAGUUGCCGACGACUGGGGAGGUUGAGGAAGAAGAAGAAGAAGAGGAGGAGGAGGGUGGGAAUGGACCGGCACCACCACCGCCCGCAGACGCGGGUCUCCAACCGGGCGAGGAGGUGGAUGACCAGCUGAUUGUGCUGUCUGGCGUGCCGAAGUCCAAGUGGCAGAAUCUGCUGAGUUUAGAUGCUCUCAAGAAACGAAGCCAACCAACCGAAGCCCCCAAAGCCGACCGCGCGCCCUUCUUCCUCCCCACCCUCCGCGACCAAAAGAAGCUUCUCACCGCCACCCCCACCCCCCCACCAAACCCCACCCAAUCCCGCAUCCUCACCACCCCGCUCACCCUCCACGAAACCCCCGACACGGAGUUCCUCCUCCUCCUCCGCCAGUCCCACCUCGACGCCGAUUUCACCGACUUUGCCAACCAUUUGAGGGACCUGGGACCGGCGCAGUUGGAUCUGAGUCUGAGAUUGUUGGAUACCGCGGGCGGUGGGAUGGAGGAGGGAGGCGAUUUGGGACGGAUGGUGGAUGCGUUGGUGUGGAUGAUGGAACGGAGGAGGGAUUUUGAGGCUGUCGAGAGUGUGCUGGCCGUUUUGGUCAAGGUCCACUCAAAACAACUCCUGGAAUGUCCCCGCCUCGACACCCUCCUCCGCCGGCACACGGAUGCGUGGAACACGCUUGAGGGCAUGUUUCAGUAUGGAUUGUGUUUGUUGGAUUUCGUCAAGACUGCUUGAAAAGCAAGUCACACACAUAUUCCAUGGUUGCGCGUACAUGCAACACACACAUCACAUACACACACACCUCACACAGUACGUAGCAUUGCCAUUUCCCACACAUGGUGUUUCACAUAGCAUUAGCGUAAUUUAUAUAGGUCAUUUGUUCUUUAUUAAAUUUUUGAAGUGUUUUUUGUGCGUAUUGCGGUGUAGCGGUUUCACCAACAAAUGAAAGGUUCGUUUUUUUUUUUUUGAAUGACGAAGCGGUGGAUGCCCCCCCGAGAAGAGUUCAUGCGAUUGGAGAAAACGCAUCCCGCCGGCUACCAUUGCGAUAUCGUUCGCCGCGAAGGAAAAUUCCGAACCGAAAAUCGUAAAGAGUGCAGGGUGGUUCAUUCAUUCGGUGGUUACCCUC